CAAAGUUAUUGACUGUGAGAGAGAGAGAGAAAGCGCCUGCUGUUUCUGAUAUUGUUUCAGUUUCUUCGUCAUUUCCGUCACAACCGCUGUGUUGUUGGUUGAAAUGGCCGACUGGUUUACGAGAAUCUAGUGCUUUGAUUUGUGGUGUCGACUGGGUUUUGCUUCAAUUGAACUGGGUUAGUCUUGAAUUCGAGUUUUACAGAUUUCUGAGAAUUUUUAGUGUGUUAUAGUUUAAGCUGGGGAUUUUGAUUGGCAUUAUUGAAAAAAUGGGUGACUGUGAUGAAGGUAACAGUGGUAACACUGAUAUGAUGCAAAGAAUUCAAUCUUCAUUUGGUACAUCAUCCUCUUCAAUUCCUAAACAACAAACUCUGUUGUCAACGAAUCAGCUUGAUAUACCUCAAUUGAACCCGAAUCAAAUGCGUGCUCGUCACUUUUCACAUUUUGCUGCUAAUUUUAGUGGUGAUAGUAACAAAAGAGUGGGUAUACCACCUUCACACCCAAAUCAAAUCCCACCACUCUCACCAUAUUCUCUGAUCCCGGUGUCUAGGCCUGCGAAUCAGCAAAUGGGUUCACAAAAUUUUAGCCCCGGACCUACUCAUUCCCGAUCUUUAUCUCAACCAUCAUCCUUCUUUUCACUUGAUUCUCUGCCCCCAUUGAGCCCAUCUCCUUUUAGAGACUCACCAUCAACGUCAAUUUCAGACCAAGUGUCCACUGAUGUGUCAAUGGAAGAUAGGGAUGCCAGUUCGCAUUCGUUAUUGCCACCUUCCCCUUUUACCCGGGGUAAUGCUUCAAGAGUUGGUGAAAGUUUGCCCCCACGCAAUAAGCAUAGAAGGUCUAAUAGCGAUAUCCCAUUUGGCUUUUCGUCUGUGAUGCAAUCUUCGCCUCCACUUAUUUCACCGAGACUUGCUGGUGGUCUGGAGAGGACGAUGUCUGGUAGGGAGCAUUCAGGGGUUGCUAAGCCGGCGCAGUUGGUUAAGAGGGAAUCAAGCUGGGAGAGAGGUGGAGAUUGCAAUGCUGAAGGAAUGGGUGAGAGGAAAUCAGAAGGGGAAGUUGUGGAUGAUUUGUUUUCUGCAUAUAUGAAUUUGGAUAACAUCGAUGCGUUGAAUUCUUCGGGGACAGAUGACAAGAAUGGUAAUGAGAAUCGUGAGGAUUUGGACAGUAGAGCAAGUGGGACAAAGACAAACGGAGGCGAUAGCAGUGACAAUGAAGCAGAAAGUAGUGUCAAUGAAAGUGGGAACAGCUUGCAGAGAGGAGGAAUGAAUUCUUCAGCUGAUAAGAGGGAAGGGAUUAAAAGGAGUGCAGGGGGAGACAUUGCUCCUACAACUAGACAUUAUAGAAGUGUUUCCAUGGAUAGCUUCAUGGGAAAGUUGAACUUUGGUGAUGAGUCGCCUAAACUGCCACCUUCACCAGGAACUCGUCCAGGACAACUGUCACCCAGCAAUUCAAUUGAUGCCAAUUCACCUGCCUUUAGCUUGGAGUUUGGGAAUGGCGAGUUUAGUGGGGCGGAACUGAAGAAGAUUAUGGCUAACGAGAAACUUGCUGAGAUUGCAUUAACAGACCCAAAGCGUGCAAAAAGGAUUUUGGCAAAUCGCCAAUCAGCUGCUCGUUCCAAAGAACGGAAGAUGCAUUAUAUCUCUGAGUUGGAACACAAGGUUCAGACUCUGCAGACAGAAGCUACCACAUUAUCUGCUCAGUUGACACUUUUACAGAGAGAUUCUGUUGGGCUCACAAAUCAGAAUAAUGAAUUGAAGUUUCGUCUUCAAGCAAUGGAACAACAAGCGCAACUUAGAGAUGCUCUGAAUGAAGCCUUAACUGCGGAGGUUCGACGGCUGAAAAUUGUUACUCAAGAACUUCCUCGGGAUUCUGAUCCUUCCAAGGGCAUGGUCUCACAGCAGGUUCCCAUGAACUCCCAGAUGUUCCAGCUACACCCACAGCAGUCUUCUCAACAGAACAUGCAUCAGUUGCAACAGCAGCAUCAGCAACCUCAUUCCCAAGUCAACUAUCAUCAGUUGCAAUCACAGCAGCCACAAGCACAACAGCAGAAUGGGAGCACAACCGCAAAACCUGAAACAAAUCAGUAGGUUGGGAAGGGCAGCAAUCCCUUGUGAGUCUUUGGCACAUGAAUAUUUAGUAGUAGUUUCUUCAGCGCAUUCAUUCAUUAGUUUUGCAUCUCUCCACCAAAAGUCUCUGGGCGUGGUGAUUACAAGUUCUACCUCUGCAUCUGACAUCCAUCUCGGAUUGUGGUAUGAAGUCAUACACAAACUAUAAUAUUUAUAUUAUUCAUAUUUAUAGUGUUUAUUUAUUUAUGGUAGAUAUGGAAACAUUAUUUUGAACAUAUUUUGUUCUGUUAUGACAUUAGAAGAGUUGAACUACACUCUUCCGUCUUUGUUUAUUUAAGUAAAGAAUGGUAAUUUUCUUGAA